UCAUCUCAGCAAUCAGCAGCUCAACCCUGUAACCGGCCGAUCUAAACCCUUAAAAAAAUAGAGCUUUCCCAAGCGAUUAGAGACACGUGUCCACCUUCCCUCGAUCCGCAAAACCCUCACUAAAAUCCAUUACAUAACCUUGCCACUUACAUCCUCCCAAAGCCGCCUCCUUUUCAGUUUCCACCAUCAAUUGUUGUAUUAAAAAACCAACCCUUUUCUCUCACACUUCGAUCGAACAACAUACCCACCUAAUUCAUCGCAUAAUCUCUCUCUCUCUCUCUCUCUCUCUCCAAAACUGUCACCGACUCAAGAUCUCACCCAUUUCCAUUUCCAUUUCCAUUUCCAUUUCCGACGAUUGUAAGAAGACAAUUGAUGAAAUCGGUAAGCUUCUCAGCUCAAUCUAAUUCUCUUCGCCAGAAAUGUUCCAUCCCUUUUUCGUGACUCUCUCGCUUUCCCUCUCAAAUCUGUUUCCACACUAACAACAAAAUAGCAAAACCAAUCCAAACCCUCAUAAUAUACUAUACUAUAUUCAUAUUUUUGGAACCAACACAAAAAAGUUAAAUUUUUAUCGGUUUCGAUUUGGAUUUGGAUUUGGAUUUGUAAAACAUAGUGGCAAAGAUGAGUUUGCGUGCAGCCGAGGAUGAUUCGGUGUCCGGAAUUCAUCUUCCGGCCGAAAUCGAUUGGGAGAUGCUCGACAAAUCCAAGUUCUUUAUCCUUGGCGCCGCCCUGUUUUCGGGCGUCUCAGCAACUCUAUACCCAAUGGUGGUGUUGAAGACCCGCCAACAGGUAUCAAUGUCCGAUAUUCCAUGCUUCAAGAUGGCCUUUUCCAUGCUACGCCACGAGGGUCCCAGAGGGUUCUACAGAGGAUUCGGGACUUCGUUGAUGGGUACAAUCCCAGCUCGAACGCUUUACAUGGCGGCUCUUGAAGUUACCAAGAGCAAUGUGGGGACUGCUACCGUGAAAUUGGGCUUUUCGGAGGCCACCGCGUCCACUAUAGCCAAUGCGUCGGCGGGGUUGAGUGCUGCCAUGGCCGCCCAGUUGGUUUGGACUCCAAUUGACGUGGUGAGCCAGAGGCUCAUGGUUCAGGGUAGCAACAACAACCCAGUCACCAGCAAUGUUAGUUCUUAUCGAUAUAAUGGUGGAAUUGAUGCGUUUCAAAAAAUUGUACGCACGGACGGCAUGCGAGGCCUUUACAGGGGAUUUGGGAUAUCGACAUUGACAUAUGCGCCCUCGAAUGCAGUCUGGUGGGGAUCUUACUCGGUGGCUCAUAGACUCAUUUGGAGUGCGAUUGGUUGCUAUUAUUGUAAGAAAGGUGAUGAAUGUGGUGGUGGUGGUCGUCGUUUUAGGCCGGAUUCUAAGGCGGUUGUGGCAGUGCAGGGGGUGAGUGCGGCCAUGGCAAGUGGGUUUUCUGCGUUAGUGACAAUGCCACUCGACACGAUCAAGACGAGAUUGCAAGUUUUGGAAGGAGAGGGAAAUGGGGGUAGGCCGCCCACGAUUGGUCAGACGGUGAGGAAUUUGGUGAAGGAAGGUGGUUUGAGUGCGUGUUACAGAGGGUUGGGACCGAGGUGGGCUUCAAUGUCUAUGUCUGCAACAACCAUGAUCACUACCUAUGAGUUUCUCAAGCGGCUUUCGACUAAGAAUCAACAGAGCUUUAGUUCAGGACUGUCCCAGCACUAGAAUUCACUAAUAUUUUAAUAUUCAAUUUAGCCAAGCCUUGUGGCAAACUAAUGUAAACAUGUAAUACUGUAGCAAUGUAAUGAAUUACUUCUUGUUAUCUCCCUGAUAA